AUGGGAUCCGAUAAAAGGCCCAGUCGGGGUGAACGCAGUGGUAGAUAUGGAUCAGAUGGCACAAGAGAUGAUCCACAAUCGCGUGAUAGACAUAGUCGUGAUUCUGAGAGGGAUUAUAAGCGGCAGUGGGACGACAGAUCUAGGGAUCGCUACGAUGAUUGCAGAGACAAUAGAGAGAGAGGUCGAAAACGUCACAACAGCGACAGAUCAGACGAUGAAUAUGAUGGCGACUAUGGAGACCAUGACUACAGAGCAGAGCAGGAGCAAGAUGAAGAGGAGGAGGAGAACAAGACAAUUAUGCUCAGGGGUCUCUCUCUCCAGGUCACAGAGGAAGAUAUCCGCUCAGCACUGGAGCAAUUGCCGGGUCCCCAGCCGGUGGAUGUCCGCUUGAUGAAGAAAAGGACUGGUAUAAGCCGAGGUUUCGCCUUCGUGGACUUUUAUCACUUGCAAGAUUCUACCCAGUGGAUGGAGACCAAUCAGAAUAAGCUGGUGAUCCAGGGAAGAAACAUUGCAGUGCACUAUAGUACCAGAAAGCAGAGGUUUGACAACUGGCUGUGCAGCACUUGUGGCCUUUACAAUUUCCGGAAGAGGUUGAAGUGUUUUAGAUGUGGGGCAACUAAAACCGAUGGAGAUGCAGUUACCAGUUCAAACGCAGAGGCUCAGCAGUCUUGGGAAUACAGUGCUGACACAAUAAUUCUGAGGAAUCUUCCCCCUGUAUGCACUGUUGAUGAGAUUUUGAAGGUUUUGGCCCCAUACGCCAACUUGUCUCCAUCCAACAUCCGCCUAAUCAAAGACAAGCAGACAGGACAGAACCGAGGCUUUAGUUUUGUUCAGCUCUCCUCACCCCUGGAAGCUUCACAGUUGCUCACCAUUCUUCAGAGCCUCCAACCACCUCUCAAGAUGGAUGGUAAAACAAUUGCUGUGGAUUAUGCCAAGAGUGCGAGAAAAGAGUCUUCACAUGCAGAUGCGAUCAGAAAUAGCGCACUUUCAGUUGCCAGCACAGCCAUAGCUGCAGCCCAGUGGUCAUCCAGCCAGUUAAAGCAAGGUUCUGGUGUUGUCCCCGGCGUCAUCACCACUCCAGAGACCUUUGCACAUCAAGCACAGAAUUUUCAAGUGUGGCAGCAACAACCUGAAGGAUUGCCUACUGUCAUUGGUGAUGGAUUGCUUGGAGCUGCUCCUGGGAUAAAGAAUAUGCUCCCAGCAGGUGUUGUCUUGCCUCAAGUUUUCCAACCCGUUCUUAUUAACCAGGCCGCCACACAUUUGGCAGGAACACUAGAUGCAACCCAAUUGGCUUCUACUUUUGGUACGGCGUCAUUGGUCCCAACAGCAGCAAACAUUGCUGUCCGCAACACUGGAACUGCUGCCCCAGAUACAUCCACAUACCAGUAUGAUGAGUCUUCUGGUUACUACUAUGAUCCGAACACCGGACUAUACUAUGACCCUAACAGCCAGUACUACUACAACUCGGAGACGCAACAGUACGUCUACUGGGAUAGUGAGAAACACGCCUAUGUUCCUGCGCCGUCUGCAACUGAAAUGACAAACUCUGCUGCCGGUUCCUCUACUUCAAACACCAGCAGCAAGGAGCCCAAAGAGAAAAAAGAAAAGCCGAAAAGCAAGUCGGCACAGCAGAUCGCAAAGGACAUGGAGCGCUGGGCAAAGACUUUAAAUAAGCAAAAAGAAAGUUAUAAAACAAAUGUCCAAACAGUGGGAGCAUCGAGCAAUGAAGAGAAAAAAGAGGCUGCAGAUGCAUGUUUCUCCAUUUUUGAGAAGAAGCAGACGGGGGCCUUUGAGGUGCAGUCCCUCCUUACCGAACAGUUCAAGCUCACAGAACAGGAGACUCCAGCUAAGAGUGAUCCGGUUGUCUCCACCGACAGGGACAGCGACCCAGAGGAAGGUGGAUCGGAUCAAAGAACUGACAACAGCAUUAAAAUAACUGACUGGGCCAAGAUGGUUUGCCUCCUGUGUCGCCGGCAGUUCCCCAAUAAAGAGGCUCUGCUUCGUCACCAGCAGCUCUCUGACCUUCACAAGCAAAACCUGGAAAUCCACAGAAGAUCACAGCUUUCUGAAGCUGAGUUAGAGGACCUCGAGAGGAAAGAGACUGAGUUGAAAUACAGAGACCGAGCUGCAGAGAGGAGAGAAAAGUACGGCAUUCCGGAACCUCCUAAGAAACACUUAAGAACCACGAAGCGGCCUGCCCCAACAAUACACUACGAUCAGCCCACCAAAGAUGGCCUUACGAGUGAUAACAUCGGGAACAAGAUGCUACAAGCCAUGGGCUGGCAGGAAGGAAAAGGCUUGGGACGCCACCAGCAGGGCAUCACUGUUCCCAUCUCGGCUUCCUUAAGGACCAAGGGCACCGGCUUGGGUGUUAAAGGGAGCAACUUAGAAAUGCCAGCAUCAGGAAACUACAAGGAUGCUGUCCGUAAAGCCAUGUUUGCCCGCUUCUCUGACAUGGAUUGA